AUGGAGAGAUCGUCAUCAGCGUCGUCAGCAUCGUGUGAUCCGGUCGAAAGUGAUGACUGGAUCAGCAAACUGCCCGACAAUGUACUGCUCGUGAUCUUAUCGAGACUGUCCACGGAGGAAGCGGUAAGGACGGGUCUUGUGUCAAAGCGAUGGGAACAUCUGUGGAAGCACAUGUCUCAUCUAGCCUUGGACAUACGAAAGAAGGUUAUUAUCAAUUCCAAAGAUACGCGGGAUGUUUCGAACCAGGUCGCUACAUUGAUGACCAAGAUUAUAAACAAUCACCGUGGACACCUAGAGAGCUGCGUAAUCGACCAUUACUCAAACUGGAUGCUGAAUACUUGGAUCCAAUCACUCACCGGUUUAAAGCAGACCAAACAUCUCACACUUAGACACCGUAUUGAUAUGAGCAACUAUGAACCGAUCGACUUGCCACCAAACUCGUUCUCAUAUCCAGGCCUCACAUCACUCUCGCUACUGUCAUACUAUUUGAGAAGCUCGGAUUCCUUCAGUAACUGUCAAAAUCUCAAGACCCUCAAACUCUCGUGUAUGAACGCCAUUGAUGUUGGAGUCUUUAACAGAAUCCUCGCAUCUUGCCCUGCGCUUGAGGUGCUUGCAAUAAACAUCUGUUGCUCCCAAAAAAACGGUCGUUUGAAGAUUGAAAACAAGAGACUGAAUCUCUUGAAAGUGUCAGUUGGCAGGGAGUUUGGUGGCAUUCAAGUGUCAUCACCUAUUUUGCAUUUUCUCGCCAUUGAAGAUUUUUUCCCCUGUUGGAGAGAUGAAUUUGUCCUCGCGUCCACUCGACUCCAGUUUAAUAGAAACCCUUGGCUUCCAAGGAAGUUCUAUCCUCACAUCAGCUAUAACAUAUCACAGGAGGAAAAUUGCAUUGGGCAUGAAGAAUUUGUGGUUAACUCAUGUGUUGAGUUGUUGGGAGGAUGGCCUAUAGCAUCCUUGUCAGUGAGUGUAGAUUUAAAGAACCCAACAGAAGUUGAGAGGUUAAGACAAGUCUUGCUUGUAUGGACACGUCACAUGGUAGAGCUUGAGAUCUUAUUCAAGAAUAACGAUGCUCCUAGGGAAGAAGGUGAGUCUUCACCGAAGAGGAUAGAUCUGUUCUCGAACGCUGGGUUCCGCGUGGAUAAAGUGUGGAUGCAUAACUUCAGCGGUUCAGAGGAAGAGUUUGCCUUGGCGUCGCGUUUGAUCAAGGAAGGGACGGUGGUAAAGAAGAUGAUGAUCAAGACGACUUCAUUUUCUGCAAGGAAGAAGCUGGAGAUAGAAGCGGCAGUGGCCAAGCUACGAGCACUUGUAACGAAACGUCAGUGGCAGCUUACCAUCGAAUGCUUCUGAUGGAGUUAAUAUGAUUGCAAAAAGGUUUUUUGAAACAAUGGAAAAAGGUUUUCUUACC